AUGAUAACGAUGGAGAACACCGAAGAGUCAUCUUCACCCCUCCGUAUCACUCCCACGGUCCGGGCGCUGAGCUCCGCACUGCGGGCCACGCGUUGUAAUGUCCGCGACUCCGGCCGAAGAGACGGCGACAGGAUUUUCCCGGAGCCGGAGAAGCUAUGGUUCAAGGAGAGCAGCGCCAAAAACCUCCGAACCCGAGAUUUCUUGUCACCGAGUUCCAUGUUUAACACGCUCUUCGCGGAUGGUCAGGUUCCUCUGGCGGUGAUGUCCAGAAUUCUCUCUGUCCAAGGCCGAGGUGUUCUCCCUGUGGCGGGUGGGGAAGUAAUGGAUGAAGGUCUGCGGGUGAGGGUGGACCGUGCCGCAGCCUUCAGGGCAGUCCUAGAGGGCGGCAUAAUGCAGUACCUGACACCACCUGCGCAGAGGGAGGGCUGCGUGGUGCUCAACUGUCCAGCCCUGCACCCCAAACCUGAACCACCGACUCCCGAGAGCCUGACUUUGGGACAACUUAGGACCAUUCUAUUAGCCGACCACAUGGGGGCACUGUUAAGAGGGCAAGGGUUUACAGUAUCCAUGUGCCCUCUGCUGCCUGAAGAAAGUGUCAUUGUCAAUUUCCUUCGCACUCUGGGAAUCGACUGGCCUAUAUUCCCUGCCAAUUGGACCAACGAGGAAAGAGAGGAGAAGAUUCAGGAAGCGCUGGAAAAGUCGGCAUACCGAGAGAGGGAAAUUGAGAGGGACAGGAGGACGAACGGCGGGCCAGGCAAGAAGAAACCAGACAAGGUCGAGAAUGAAGGAGCAAUCAAGAUAAACGUAAAACGAGUGAUUCAGGACGAGGGCUUACAAGGAUACGAUCCCAGCCUCGGAACAUGCACAGUCCACAGAGACAGCGUUUCCCAUCUGGCACAACUGGACCUCGCCACAGCUGACUGCACCUUUGCAACGGCAACAGCCUUGCACGUGACUUCCUGUCAGGAUGAGUUCCGCCAGCAGCAGAUAGCGAUGCUGUGGAGAGCCAGUGGGGCGACGCACAUUCAGAGACAUCUGGUGUGUGGGCCUGUCAAGACUCCUGCUUCUCAACUCUCUUCUGCGCAGUACCUGCAGCUUAGAAGAGGUCAAAUGAAAGAGGCCUCAGAGAUGAAGUACGGGGAUCAAGUAGAAGGUCAGACAUGGGAUGAUAUCAUCAGGGUAAUGAGCUCUGCUACAAUCAGAUUUGAACUUCUCUCAACAGUCCACACCAGUCCGGUCACGCUGGAUGUCCAAACAGAAGGAGGCGUAUCCACCAAAGGGCCGAGAGGCGGCGUGUUUGUCAUGUACAACUGCGCCAGACUGCACACACUAUUCGAUAGCUACGACCGAGGGGUGGAGAAAGGUUUGUACCCAGAAAUCCCUGAUAGCUCAGAUCUGGACUUUUCUGCCCUCAAAGAAGAGGGAGAGUGGCUCCUCCUCUUCAAUUACCUCAUUCCCUUCUCUGAGCUGCUGGACCAAUCAGGACAAGCAUUAGCCUGUGAAGGGGUAGGGGCUCGAGUCAGCCUGAAAACGGAACAGAUCUGCAAGUUUUUGGUGUCUCUCAGUAAAGACUUCAGCUCAUAUUAUAACAGAGUCCACGUCCUGGGGGAGCCAUUGCCUCAUCUCUUCAACCAGAUGUUCUGCCGCCUGUAUCUUUUGAGAGCUUUGCGAGAGCUCUACCACAGCGCCCUGGAAACCCUCAACCUUCCCCCCAUACGGCAACUAUAG